AACCCAUAUUACUCUCUUCGUUCAGCUCCUCCUGCAGUCCUUCCCUUUCUCUCCUGUGUGUGUGUGUGUGUGUGUGUGUGUGUGUGUGUGUGUGUGUGUGUGUGUGUGUGUGUGUGUGUGUGGUUUCUUUGGGUUGGAGGAGGGGAGGUUUUGCCUUGCUGUGCAGUCAGACGAGGGAGGUUGUCUUUCAGACCAGAUAUGGGGGCUGAAAGAAAAAACUCUUGAACACUUGGAAACUUGUACUUGUUGUGCUCCCGAGGAUCUCAUCUGGAGAGACUUCCACUUCCACGUCAUGCUCUAGUUGUUUGUCUGCUCUUUGUGUAUGGGUGUUGAGAAAGGCUCUACCUGUGACUGAGAAGAAAUGCAUUUUUCUUUUGGCUCCAAAGGACAAUAACUGGUGGGAUUACCGCGUCCAGAUCUGCUUAAAGUGCGUGUGGAUUCUGGUUUUUCCUCCGAAAGUAACAACGUGCGAGGAGUGCAUGUUCGACUAUCCGGCUUAUUAAGUUAAGUUGGAGUACCUCUAGGUUUUUUUAUUUUUUUAUUUUGCUGGAGAGUCUCUUCCUCCUCUUAUCUCUUCCUCCCUACCUCUCUCAUCUUUGUCUCCCUCUCUCCUUUGUGUGCUCGGGAGAAGGAGGAGCUCAGGACCAGAAAGAAGAGGACCAGGUAGUGAUGUCAUGCGCUUUCACAUUUUCACCAAGGACGCUUAAUAAAACUACGCUAACUGCUGAGAUAAAGAACCUGGCCUGCAUCCCUUCAUUCGUCUUGUUGUUUGUUGGGGAGGUGAUAACAGCCCCUCUGAUUUGCUGACUCCGCCUCCAUGGAACCCCUCUGAACCAAUCAGAACCAAUUGACACUGCCAGCUAGUUAUGGACUGCACGGCGGCUAUUUUGAAAGCAUGCGCCCGCUCCAGAACCAAGUGGUGUCGGCCUGAGCGUCCCUCUGUCCGUCGCCUGUGGAGACCUGCGGACGGCUGCAGCUGUGGCGCGGACGUCACGGCCGUCCCUGGCCACGCCUCCUCCCUCCUGCGGCGCUUGCUGUUUUACGCCUGCUGUUGUCAGGCCCACGAGGACAGCUCUGAGCUGUGUCGGGAAUGGGUGGACCGUCCCGACGAAGCCCAGAGAGGAGGAAGAGGAAGGAGUGAGGAAGAAGGCGAGGAGGACGAGUUGGGACCCCCACCCUCAGUAGACGAGGCGGCUGAUGCUCUGAUGACCAGGCUGGGCUUCCUGCUCGGGGAAAAGAUAAUGGGUGGCGAGCCGGGGUCCCCCUACCACGCCCAGCAUGACACACAGAGGAUCUCCCCUUCCUCCAGUCUGGCCAGUAGCUGCACCUCCCCCUGCUCCACCCUGCAGCCUCCUGCUGGAGGGGAGGGCACUGACGACAACACGCACGCCUCCUCCAACCACGUCUCCGUCACCUCCCCCACCUCCACCCUGGAGAGCAGAGACAGCGGCAUCAUAGCCACGUUGACCAGCUAUUCUGCUGAGUCAGCAGCAGAGCGGGACGACAGCUGCAAGGAUCCCGGUGACGGUUACCGUGGCAGCAGCCUGAAUUUGUGGCAGCAGGGGGGCCGGCCGGUGGUGGCCUCCAGCUCCUCCUCCUGUAUGGCAGCGGUAGGAAGCGCCAACGACGGCUCUCUCUACAGGGUGGAGGACAUCAUGGCUGCCUCCACCUACAGCCUCAACAAACUCCACCCAGACCGAGGCCCCGGGUCCGCCCUCUCAUCAGGCUCCACCCACUCCAUCCCUCUCUACCUCAUGCCCCGGCCCAAUUCAGUUGCUGCCACUAGUUCUGCCCACCUUGAGGAUCUAGCCUAUCUGGAUGAGCAGCAGAGACACAUCCCUUCAAGGACGUCCCUCAGAAUGCCCAGACAGAACUCUGGGAGCCGUAGUCAACAGGACCAAAGAGUUCGUUUCACUCCCUCCCUCAACCUGAAGCCCCUCCACUUUGAGGUCCCGGGUCUCUCGUCGGAUUGGCUGUUCACUGGCAGGGAGUGGCUCUUCCAGGAAGUGGACGCUUGUCUUCGCAGUGGUGAUCCAUCAACCAGUCAGGGCGUGGUGAUCAUCGGCAACAUGGGCUUUGGCAAAACGGCCAUCAUCGCCCGCCUGGUGGCGCUCAGUUGUCAUGGAAACCGCACGUCGCCAACUUCUACCAGCAACUGGACCAUGCCUAAACAUGUAGAGGCAGUUUGUUUGUCCCACGACUCCCUGGGGAGAGGAGGAGGAGGAGGAGGAGGGGGGGGAGACGAAGGAGGGGGAGAAAGCUGUCCCGGGACUCCAGAGAUGAGGAGAAGACAGGAGGAGGUGCUGAGGAGGCUGGCGGGACAGGUAGUCUCGUAUCACUUCUGUCAGGCUGAUAACUGUCCCACCUGUCUGGUUCCCGAGUUCGUCCACAACAUGGCGGCGAUGCUCAGCGACGCCCCCCAGCUGUUGGCCUAUCGGGAGCUGCUACACCGGUCGCCACAGCUCCAGAGCACGCUCAGUCUGCGCUCCUGCAUCCAGGAUCCGAGCUCCGCCCUUCAGAAAGGGAUACUCCAACCACUGGACGCUCUCUACACAGGUACACUCAGAUCAUCGUUCCAGAGAGUUCUUCCACUGCUCAGCGUGACUGUGGCGUCGCUGCACCCACUGACCGACCAGCAGGACAUCACUCGUUCUCUUCCUUUUCACUGUAUCUCUCUGGACAGGAUGGAAGAGAACAGCGCCAUAGACCAGGACCUGCAGGGUUACCUGAUGCAACGUAUCCACAGCAGUGCGGAGAUCCAAAGCAAUGUAUCGCUGGGCAACGGUCGCCUUGACAACACGGCGCUGGCCAAGCUGAUCGGCCACCUGAAGAGCCUGAGCAGGGGCUCGUACCUCUACCUGAAGCUGACCCUGGACCUGAUAGAGGGAGGAUACCUCGUCCUGAAGAGUUCCAGCUUCAAGGUGGUCCCUGUGAGUCUAGCAGAAGUCUACUUGCUGCAGCUCAACAUGCGGUUUCCCACCCAGUCAUCGUUCCAGAGAGUUCUUCCACUGCUCAGCGUGACUGUGGCGUCGCUGCACCCACUGACCGACCAGCAGCUGUUUGAGGUGGUGAAUGCGGGCACUCUGACUGGAGGAAUGCUACACUGGGGGGAGUUCGUGCACCGUCUGGAGCAGCUCUCCUCUGUCCUAGUGCGGCGGAGCGACGGCAAAAGGAUGCUGAACCAUGCCUCGUUCAGGGAGUGGCUGAUGUGGAGAGAGGAGGGUCAGGACGACAGGUUCCUCUGUGACCCCAGGAGCGGUCACACUCUCCUGGCCUUCUGGCUCUGCAGACAGGAAGGAAAGUUAAACCGACAGGAGACGCUGGAGCUGGGACACCACAUCCUCAAGGCUCACAUCUACAAGGGUCUGAGUAAAAAGCUCGGGGUUUCCUCCUCAGUUCUGCAGGGGCUGUGGCUGUCCUACAGCACGGAGAACCUGAGCCCUGCUCUGUCAUCACUGCGCAACCUCUACACCCCCAACAUCAAGGUGAGCAGGUUGCUGAUCAUGGCCGGGGCCGACGUGGAUUACCAAAGCGACGUCCUCAACAACGCGCCCCUGCUGUGUGUCCACGCCCGCCUGGGCCACAGUGACGCCGUGGCCCUGCUGCUCGACCUCGGAGCUCGGGUGGAUGCUCGGUCACAUGACGGCUUGACUGCGCUGGGAUUCGCUGCCGCAGCUGGACAGCUGGACAUCGUCGCCAUGCUGAGUCAGCACUCGGCUAAGGCGGGUCAUGUGGACAGCUCGGGCCGGUGUGUGUUGGUGCACGCCGCCCAGCGGGGCCACCUCGAGGUGCUGCGCUUCCUGCUGAGGCGUGCAGACUGGAGCUGCACUUCCUGCUGCGGCCAUAGGGGGGCCAGCAGGGUCCAGGCCCUGCAGCAAGCACUGAUCGCAGCCGCCAGCAUGGGCCACGCAGAGAUGGUGUCAUACCUCCUAGAUCUUCCAGAGGAGGACGAGAACGAGGAGGAGAGACCGGAGAUCAACACAGCUGACAGUCUGUGGGGGGAGACAGCUCUGACCGCCGCAGCAGGAAGCGGCCGGCUGUCUGUCUGCAGGCUGCUGCUGGAUCAGGGCGCUGCCGUUAAGCAAGGCAACCGGCGGGGCGUGGCACCCCUCUUCAGUGCUGUGAGACAUGGCCACUUACAGGUGGUGGACCUCUUACUGAGUCACGGGGCGGAGGUAAACAUGGUGGAUCAGCAGGGUCGAACUGCUCUGAUGACGGCAGCCUCAGAGGGACACAUGACCACCGCCCAGCUGCUACUGGAUCAUGGAGCAUCUUUGGACCAGGCUGACAGGGAGGGGUUAACGCCGCUGAGCUGGGCGUGUCUGAAAGGCCAGCUCCCAUUGGUCAGAGAGCUUGUGGAGCGAGGUGCAGCCACGAGUCACGCUGACCGCAGUGGACGGACCCCUCUGGAUCUGGCUGCCUUCUGCGGAGACCCAGAAGUGGUGCAGCACCUGGUGGAUCACGGGGCGUCGGUGGAGCAUGUGGACUGCAGCGGGAUGCGUCCUCUGGAUCGGGCAGUCGGCUGCAGAAACACAUCGGCAGUCAUCGCUCUGCUCAAAAAGGGUGCCAAGAUAGGACCAGCGACCUGGGCCAUGGCUACAUCUAAACCUGACAUCUUGAUGGUUCUGCUCAGUAAAUUGAUCCAAGAGGGAGACCGACUGUACAAGCAAGGUAAUGUGAGGGAAGCCGCUCACUCCUAUCAGUCAGCUCUACAGAAGUUUCCAGGGGACGAGCUGAAGACGUUCAGACAUCUCAUCGUGUGUGUGCUGCUCAACCUGUCUCGCUGCCACCGCAAGAUGAAUGAUUUUGGCGUUGCCGAGGAGUUUGCCACCAAGGCACUAGAGCUGAAAGCUAAAUCCUACGAAGGCUUUUAUGCCCGAGCCCGCGCCAAGCGGGGACGCAGACAGUUCCACGCGGCCCUGGAGGACCUGAUAGAGGCCAGCCGCCUGUGCCCAUCCAACCGGGAGAUUCAGCGCCUGCUGUCCCGGGUCAAGGAAGAGUGUCGGCAGGUGGCGCAGCAGCAAGACUCUCCUCCUCCCUCGUCACAUCCUGUUUAUCAGCCAAACGCGGCCAUGUCCAGCAACCGUUCUGGUUGUCAGCAGGUGCAGGACAGGGAGGGGCUUACUGAGGAAGAGAAAGAGGAGGAGGAGGAGGAGGAGGAGGGGAGUCACACCUCCCCCUCUUUCCACCCCCAACCUCUGGCUAAAGGAUUUGACACCCAAUGCGGCCCUGGGGUGCCAUCCCACUCUUCCCUCUCCCCCACUCACCUGUGUCGACACCUGCCCAGUCCCACCCACCCCGCUUACUCUUCACCCGCUCACUCUGCUCCUCCUCCCCCCCCAUCUUCCUCCUCCUACCACCAUUUUAGCGCUCUGCGGCAACCCAGCCCGAUGUCAGAAAGCAUGCCUGCAUUGUCCGGAAAUGGAGGUCUGCACCAGCAUCCGCAAUCCAGCACUACCCGCCCCCACUCGGACCAGAACCCGAGGGUGCAGCAGCUCCACCACCUGUCUCAACAGAGGUCCUUCCAAAAGCAGAACUCUGUUGAGGGCCAGUGGCUCCAACCGGCCAAAGUCCAGGUUGUCAGAACCAGUCAGCCCAGUUCCUCAGCCCACUCCAGCGCUUACUCCCAGUUUGGCCAACUGCCCCAAGAACUGGCCGAGCUGGGGGAAGGCAUCUGCCAGAGCCCUCCGGAUAUCCGCCCUAGCCUGCAGGUCCAGGCUGGUCUGACCUCUGGGCCUUCAUAUCCAGUAGAUGACGGAGACGUUGACUUUGUUUGCCAGGCGAGAGCGGUGUCUGCCUAUGGGAGAGAAGCAGGAGGAGAGAGGCGAGGGGUCAAUAGAUUUGGCCAGGCCCGUCAGUUUAGUCGCAACCAAUCCAAAGCAGCCCACUACCCCAUGGAGGUUACCGAGGCGACAUUGGGCCCUCCGGAUAGCCUUCAACCAAUGCACGAUUACCAAUACCACCAUCAGGGGGGACUAUGGCGCCCGCUCAGUGCCCAAACAACCUCCUUCGCCGCUCCUCCCCCCAGGCCUCUCGUCCACUCCCAGAGCAUCAACGUCCGCUUCUCCAGUAGCAGCGGCAGCCUUGCUGGAGGGCAGACCACCAAUCACGGCCAAGGCUUCAGGACGUCUGCCUCCGCCCAGCACAUGGAUCUGACCUCUGCGGGCGGGGUUACUGCUUAUCAUGACGACCUCUUUCUAAUCUCCUCUCCCCAGUCGGAAUCGUGCAUGGUAGAAGGCGGGACUUAUCCCGGAGAGGCAGGCUGUUUGUCGCGAAACACUCCUUUUAUGGGUGUUGUCGACAGGACGGCAAGGGUACAGCGGUAUCAUCAACAAGCUCCCUCCAGUUCUGCUUCCUGUCUCAGCCCGUCUCGCUCCUGGGCCGUGUCUUCAGUGGACACAGUUGUCACCUCACCUAGCAAAACCCCCGCCAACCAAGGAGGCUUCCAGCUGUCCUCCAUCGCCUACCACAACCGCAGCAACAACAACGCCCACAACGACAACCAGCUCGACUACUAUCCUCAGGGUCAAGGCUCGGGGCAGGUGGCCAGCCAGAAUCCCUCCUACCGGGAUGUGAAGCUGGCUCGAACGCUGCCGGUGAACCAUAGCUGCUCCGACAGACCUAGUGACAGACCGAGGGGCCCCGCGUCUCCUGUCAAACCAAAAAGACCCUUUGUAGAGUCCAACGUGUAGAACGGAGGAAAUGUGUGAACUCAUACCGUAUAUUCCUAUAUUCACUGGGGUUAUGGAAUUAUUAAGGUCAGACUGUGCUUGAAAUGAACUUGUUUGUAUGACACGUAGCUCGUAGGACAUUUAGAGGGGCAAGACGCAAUAAACGUCCAAAUCUGGGUAACGGAACACACUCUCCUUGAAGGUUUUCAUGGUGCGGGGUUGCACUGGGUUGUAUGCACUCAUACACAGAAAAAGUGAUUGAAGUUGUAGUGUGAAGAAAUAAAGAGAGCUUGAGAGAGAUUCCGAGUCCCACCUACGUGUUUCACGUCGGCGUCACACCCAGCCGAUCGCUGCCAGAAGUGUCCGUGCUUGGCGGAUUGUCAGUUUCACAAAGAAUAGCACUUUCUUUGAAACUUACCGACUCCGUUAUUGUUCAGAAGAGAUAGGGAGAAGCAGAAAUGUGACAUAUGCGUUUGAUAUGGAACAUUUUGCCUGUUACAGGUCAGGUCUGUCCAUUAACCAGCCAGAGGCAAGGAAAGGAAGCAAGGAAGAAAGGAAGGACGAGACUGCUUAGACCUGAGACCGCUCCUGCCAGCACAAAGCACAAUGAGGGGAAAAAACAAAAAGCCAUCAGGUAGCACUAAAAAGAAAUCCUCCUUUCAUAGCCCAGUUCUUCUCCGGCUUCCAGUUCAUUUAAAAACUGAUAUCUCUGAAUGCCCACAAUGCACUGCUCUAGAGAUUCUGCCAAGUUCACAUCUAUACGCUAGACGGCGACAUUUACAAGAGAGACAGGAAAGCACCACUAUCACCUCUGUCUGCUGAUUCGACCGGAAACCUGAUACAGUAUCUUGGCUAUCCAGCCUCGAGAAGCUGUGCCAGUCCGAUGCUGGUCAGUGUCCCGAUCCCAAGCCAUAGUUUGAGAAACUAGGAUGAUGCUGUCAUUGAAUGAGCACUGACUUGCUUUGUAUAAAACUAA